AUGGCGGUUGUGGACGUAAAGCACCGACUGAGUGGCUUUAAGCGAAUUCUACUCCAACUUGACGAAAGCAUACGCUUGAAAUGUUGUAGUCAUGCACUUCAAGAAGAUCUUCAAAGUGUAUUAACUCAAGUUCAUGCAUGUGCAAGUGCUAUGGAGGAAGCAAAACAAGUGGAAGAUGCGACAUCUAAACUUCAUGCUAGUCAAAGUGCAAUGGUAUCAAACGAAGUUUUAAUGGAGUUAGAAAAGCUUGAUGAACAGAUUGAAAGUACGAUGAAUAUCAUUGUACCUCAAAGUACUUUGAGAUCUGCUAAUGAGAAUCGAAAUCAAGUGAAGAAGAUGAAACUUCCUGUAGUUUUGGAUGCCAAGACGCUGGCAAAGGAAAUGAUAGUGACUCAAGAUAUUAAAGUUAUGGUGAAUUUAAUGCAAGAAUUUGAAAAAAUGAUGCCGGUGAUAAACGAGAUUGAAGACAAGAGAGCAAAGUGGUGGAAGAAAUACGUUGCCAAGGUAUUAUCUCAUACUUCCAAGCUUGUUCAAACGAAUGAGAAGAAUAUCAAAUAUCAAUUGCAAUUAUCUACGUCUUUAAAAAAGAUUCAAGUCAAGUAUCCAGAGCUAAACGAUCCUCUUUUAAAUCAAUUAGAGGACAUAGUAGCAAAACAAGACAAGGAAAUUGAAAAAACAUUAGCAUCAGUCAAGAGCAAGAAGAGACGAACAAUUGAUUCGUCAACUGAUGGGCAAAAGGUGACAAUGAAUGCUCAAACGUCUGUCCAGUCGAAACAAAAUGAGUUGAAAGGUCAUGAGACUUUGAAGAAGGCAGAUAUUGCAUUAGAUGGCACAGCACAAAAUUUACUAUCUCGCUGUUCACGAGAAGUGCGCACACUGCGUGAAAAGUUUGAAUUGGGCGCGUACGACGUGAAUUUAAGUCGUAUCGUGACAGUUGUGGACUCGUUAUGGUCAAAUAUGGAACAUGCUGACGUUAUUUCGCUCACUACUGCGCUAUUCACAUUAGUGGAGAUUGUCGAGAAAGUUGUGAAUCCAACAAAGCGUCGAGAUCGACUCGUGUGUCUAGAGAGCGUUCUUGGUGUCGUAUUGAAUUCGUCAAAGCUGCACUUGACUGCACGGCGGAAAACAAUGACAGAAGAGUAUGCAAGCAACUGCCGCCAGUCAAUUGAGCAGCUCAAUCGCCUGUUAGAUAGUAGAGAGCGACCUUCAAGCCAAGGAAAUAGACGGAAAACGGCAAAGGCAAAUCCUAAAAGUGUGCGACCUAAAUCGCACGUUCGGUUCGGCUAG